GUCAACUUUGAUUAAGGGUGGAUGAUUAACGAAAUCUAAUAAAAUAUGGAAACUACUGUGAGUGGGUCAACACAGCGAAAGCGAAGACACUACAAGAAAUCACGCUUUGGCUGCCGAAACUGCAAGCUCCGGAGGGUAAAAUGCGACGAGGGGAAGCCCCAGUGUCAGAGAUGCAAGGAUUACGGUGUAUUAUGCAACUUUGUGGCACAGACGUCAGACCUCCAGAUUUUGACGACAGGAUUCCAAUCUCGGGCAGUUGAAUUCCUCCCUCCGUCUUUAAGCUUGCCCAUUUUCUGCUCCGAUGAUGUUACUAGCUUCAUGAUGGACACGCAAUGCAUACAUAGAUUACAGAGAUUUCGUAUGCGUGCCGUCAACUCAUUCAGCACUGAAAUGAUGAAGAUCUGGAAGUAUCGCGUCCCGCAUAUCGCAUUCAGGAACCCAUACUUGAUGCAUACCAUGCUUACCGUAGCAGCCGCGCACGAGCGUUACCAAGCUAUGCCCACAAAAAGCUACCGGACGAGGACCGAGGCACACCAUUUUUCUCAAUGCGUUCGUCUCUUCAAUGAGAAGCUUUCGCGCCAUAUCGACUCAUCAGACUUUGACCCUCUGUGGGCUACAGCAGCCCUACUAGGCAUCAUGACCAUUGCCUCCUUUGACGCAGCCACUCCAGAAGAAGCCUGGCCACUUCGACAAUCGGAUCCAUCGGAUCUAGAGUGGUUUCGAUUGAGCGAGGCGAAGAAAACUAUAUGGGAUCUGACCAAUCCUCUACGGCCUGGAGGCAUCUUUCGGGCUAUGGCCCAUGAGUAUGCCGGGCUACAUUUCGAAUUACCUCUUGUUGGCACAGAGGGUAUUCCCACGACCUUGGCCGAGAUGUGUAAUAUGAGCGCAUCAUGCAAUAAACAGAACAACCCUUACUUCGUAGCAGCUCACGUGCUAGCACGGUUACAGAGACUCACAGGCAAUGAGUCUCCGGGCAUUCAAAUGGUCAGCUUCAUGAGCCAAUCUCAGUCGUCCUUCAGGGAUCUGCUGCAGGAGAAGGACCCUGUAGCUUUAUUGCUACUAGCCCUGUGGUAUGUGCGAGCUAGCGAGUCGUUGUGGUGGAUCGAGCAACGGGCACGAGUAGAGUACCGAGCAAUCUGUCUGUAUCUCGAGCGAUUUCACCGUAACAACAGCAAGAUUCAUCAACUGCUGUGUUCUUUGCCGGACCGCAUUACACGUGCUGGAUAUACAACGGAUGGAACGGGUGCUAUGAUAUAAUAUGACUUUUCUGACGUUACCUUGGUGUGAUGUGAAUUUUAACCACAGUGAUCAAUUAAAGCUAUUUGAAAAUUCGAG